UUCAGCUUCUUUGCAGCUUAAUCUUAAGAUAAAAAUAAUAAAAUUACUUAUAUUUACUCACUCAAAUUUUGAGUUAAAUACCGAAUCUACGCUGAUGAAAUUCACUUGACAAAAAUGUAUAAGUCAAGUGUUUAUUUUGGGGUGGUUCUCCUGACCCUACUAACCAUCGUGAAAGCAGAGACAAACUCAUCAUUAUGUGAACAAAAGGAAAAGCAAAAGGCGUUGUUGGAUCUUGCGAAAGAAUCAAUCAACAAAGCAAAAAACCUUCACCCAACUUGUGAUAACGAUUUCAACAAUAAUUCAACAAAUUCUAGUGAAUGCGGAGCAAAGGAAAAAGUUUCAGCUUACUUGGAUGUUGCGAAGAAUCUGAUAGAUGAAGCUGGAUCUAAUUACUUCGAUGACUCAACUUGCGAAGUGACCAACAACGUCACAGAAGUUAUUGUUGAAGUUGUUCGCCACAAGAGACCUGCUGACUGCGCAGAACUUUUGGAAAACGGGAAUGAUAGAUCUGGUGUAUACAUUAUAUGGCCCAGACACCGGAUCAUUCAGGAAAAGCCGGUACUAGUAUACUGCGAUAUGGACACAGAUGGCGGAGGAUGGACGCUAAUCCAGAGAAGAACAGAUACUGAAAACAAAACUGAUUUUUAUCGAGAUUGGCAAACUUAUAAACGUGGAUUUGGAAGCAAAAAAGACGAGUUUUGGUUAGGAAAUGACAUCAUAUUUGCCCUGACCAGUCAGAAGCAAUACUCCUUGCGCUUUGAUAUGUGGAACGUGAGUGGAGAAAGGCGCGACGCCACUUAUUCUUCUUUUUGGAUCGAGGAUGAAAGUGCUGGAUAUACACUGCAUAUUGGUAGCUAUAAUGGAACAGCUGGGGAUGGCAUCAGAGAUGCAGACAACACAAAAUUUUCUACAAAGGAUAAAAGGAACGACCUAGCUGAUCACGUGUGCACGGAAGAGAAAAGGGGUGGAUGGUGGUACAGAGACUGCUCUCGCAGUAACCCUAAUGGGGUGAACUUCCCAGGGGGCAACGAUGACAAGAAAUUGGUCAACUGGUACCCUUGGACAAACUAUGACCCUUUGUUAGCGAUAGAAAUGAAGAUUAGAUGAACUAGAUAACAAUGACUUAUUGAAGACUUGAUUCUUGUGUAUUACCCAUUUUUAAUAGUUAUCAAUAAAAACAUCUGGAAUUAAAUCAGUUUUAUUUGUCUACAACACAGUGACUUAUCGAAGACUUGGUUCUUAUGUAUUAUUCAUUUUUAACAGUUAUCAAUAAAAACAUCUGGAAUUAGAUCAGUUUUAUUUAUCUAGAAUACAAUGACUUAUUGAAGACUUGGUUCUUGUGUAUUACCCAUUUUUAAUAGUUAUCAAUAAAAACAUCUGGAAUUAAAUCAGUUUUAUUUGUCUAGAGCACAAUGACUUAUCGAAGACUUGGUUCUUAUGUAUUAUCCAUUUUUAACAUUUAUCAAUAAAAACAUCUGGAAUUAAA